CCGCUCCCUCUCGGUGUGUCCGUGCGGAGCCGCCGCGUCGCCCUUCCCGCGCCCCCCCCCCGCCCCCCCCGCCGCCGCCGCCCCGCCGGGGGGGGCGCAGCCCCGCACCCCCCGCGCUCCCGCCAUGCCGGAGAAGCGGCCGUUCGAGCGGCUGCCCGCCGACGUGUCCCCCCUCAACUAUGGGCUCUGCCUCAAGCCGGACCUCAUCGACUUCACCUUCGAGGGCAAGCUGGAGGCCGCCGUGCAGGUGAAAAAUGCAACGAACCAAAUCGUGAUGAACUGCGCCGACAUCGACAUCAUCACAGCGUCCUACGCGCCCGAGGGGGACGAAGAGGUUCACGCCACGGGGUUCAACUACCAGAACGAGGACGAGAAGGUGACGCUGUCCUUCCCCAGCACCCUGCAGAAAGGCACAGGCACUCUCAAGAUUGACUUUGUGGGGGAGCUCAAUGACAAGAUGAAGGGAUUCUACCGCAGCAAGUACAGCACGGCCAGCGGCGACACGCGCUACGCCGCCGUCACGCAGUUCGAGGCCACUGAUGCUCGCAGAGCUUUCCCCUGCUGGGAUGAGCCUGCAAUUAAAGCAACUUUUGAUAUUUCCCUGGUGGUUCCCAAAGACAGAGUAGCUUUGUCAAAUAUGAACGUGCUGGAGCGGCGGCCGUACCCCGACGACGAGAGCCUGGUGGAGGUGAAGUUCGCGCGCUCGCCGGUCAUGUCCACCUACCUGGUGGCCUUCGUGGUGGGCGAGUACGACUUCGUGGAGGCGCGCUCCACCGACGGCGUGCUGGUGCGCGUCUACACGCCCGUGGGCAAGGCCGAGCAGGGCAAGUUCGCCCUCGAGGUUGCUGCUAAAACUCUGCCUUUUUACAAGGAUUACUUCAACGUCCCCUACCCCCUCCCCAAAAUUGAUCUCAUAGCUAUUGCAGACUUUGCUGCUGGUGCCAUGGAGAACUGGGGCCUUGUUACUUAUAGGGAGACUGCCCUGCUCAUCGACCCCAAGAACUCGUGCUCGUCGUCGCGCCAGUGGGUGGCUCUGGUGGUGGGGCACGAGCUGGCUCACCAGUGGUUUGGGAACCUCGUCACCAUGGAGUGGUGGACACACCUGUGGCUGAACGAGGGCUUUGCCUCGUGGAUCGAGUACCUGUGUGUGGAUCACUGCUUCCCCGAGUACGACAUCUGGACCCAGUUCGUGUCGGCCGACUACACCCGCGCCCAGGAGCUCGAUGCCUUGGACAACAGCCACCCCAUCGAGGUCAGUGUGGGCCACCCCUCCGAGGUUGAUGAAAUUUUUGAUGCCAUUUCCUACAGCAAGGGAGCCUCUGUCAUCAGGAUGCUGCACAACUACAUUGGGGAUGAGGAUUUUAGGAAAGGAAUGAAUUUGUACCUGACCAAGUUCCAGCAGAGAAAUGCUGCCACAGAGGAUCUCUGGGACAGCCUGGAAAAAGCCAGUGGCAAACCCAUCGCUGCUGUGAUGAACACGUGGACCAAACAAAUGGGAUUUCCACUCAUUUAUGUGGAGGCUGAGCAGCAAGAAGAUGACAGAGUGCUGAAGUUGGUCCAGAAGAAAUUCUGUGCCAGUGGGCCCUAUACAGGAGAGGAUUUCCCCAUGUGGAUGGUGCCCAUCAGUAUUUGCACGAGUGAGGACCCCAGCUGUGCCAAAAUGCAGAUUUUGAUGGACAAACCCGAGCUCACUGUGGUGUUGAAGGACACCAAACCAGAGCACUGGGUCAAGCUGAACCUGGGCACGGUGGGGUUUUACCGCACCCAGUACAGCCCGGCCAUGCUCGAGAGCCUCAUCCCGGCCAUCAGGGACCUGUCCCUGCCCCCCGUGGACAGGCUGGGGCUGCAGAACGACCUCUUCUCCCUGGCCCGAGCUGGAAUCAUCAGCACCGUGGAGGUUCUCAAAGUGAUGGAAGCUUUUGUGAAUGAGCCCAACUACACGGUGUGGAGCGACCUGAGCUGCAACCUGGGCAUCCUGGGCACGCUGCUGUCCCACACUGAUUUCUAUGAGGACAUCCAGGCCUUCGUCAGAGACGUCUUCUCCCCCAUUGGGGAGAGGCUGGGCUGGGAUCCCAAACCUGGAGAGGGCCACCUGGAUGCCCUGCUGAGGGGCCUGGUCCUGGGCAAGCUGGGCAAGGCCGGGCACAAGGCGACGCUGGAGGAGGCUCGGCGCAGGUUCCGGGAGCACGUGGAGGGGAAGCAGCUCCUGUCUGCUGACCUGAGGAGCCCUGUCUAUGUGACUGUGCUGAAGCACGGGGACAGCUCCACUCUGGACACCAUGCUCAAGCUGCACAAGCAGGCCGACAUGCAGGAGGAGAAGAACCGGAUCGAGCGCGUCCUCGGAGCCAUCUCCCAGCCUGAGCUGAUCCAGAAAGUUCUCACCUUUGCACUUUCAGAAGAGGUACGUCCCCAGGACACGGUGUCAGUGAUUGGAGGAGUGGCUGGAGGCAGCAAACAGGGCAGGAAAGCAGCUUGGAAAUUCCUAAGGGACAACUGGGAGGAGCUUUAUAAUCGCUACCAAGGUGGAUUUUUAAUAUCCAGAUUAAUUAAGCUCACAGUGGAUGGAUUUGCAAAUGAUAAAAUGGCUGCAGAAGUGAAGGCAUUUUUCGAGUCGCACCCCGCCCCCUCGGCGGAGCGCACGGUGCAGCAGUGCUGCGAGAACAUCGCCCUGAACGCGGCCUGGCUGCGCCGCGACUCGGAGCAGCUCCAGCGCUUCCUGCAGCAGCGGCGCGGCCCCGAGUGACCCCGGUGACCCCUGGGUGACCCUGAGUGACCCCAGUGACCCCUGGGUGACCCCAGUGACCCCUGGGUGACCCCAACUGACCCCGGGUGACCCCGGGAUGGGAGGAGCCAGGACAGCCCCAAUCCACACUCUGGGUUCAGCUCUCCUUUCCCUGCUCUUUUCUUUGUUUAGUUCUUCCCU